AUGAACGAUCACCGUUCCGGUAAAUCAAUAGAUUGGAAACAUCCGGUAAUAAUUUCAAGAUUUAUUAUAAUAAUUAUUGUAUAUUCAACUAUAAUAACAACUGUAAUUUUAUUCUCAAAUGUUUCAUUUAUACCAUUGUUAUUAUUAUUGAUCCUAUGCUUCACUGCCUUAGGUAUAAUAACUUCCGAUUAUUUGUUAUUAAACUUGCAAACUAUUUCCCACUCGAUUUUAAAUAUUAAUGAUAAAAUAGCCGGCCUAACAUUGUUGGCCCUAGGUAAUGCUAUGCCAGACAUUGUAUCUACAUAUAAGUCAAUUAAUAACGGAUUUGUUUCUUUGGCCAUAGGCGAAUUGUUGGGUGCCAUAUUUUUCGCCAUUACCAUAUUAUUAGGGCUAAUGGUCACUGUGCAGGGAAUUAAAUUAGACUUUGCUCAUAAUACCACUACCAAUGAUCAAGAAACAGUAACACAUAACAUAGAGCAUCAUAUAGAGCAUACAACAGAUAAUAGCAAUAAAAACAAUAAUCUAAUUUCAUAUUCUAAACCGGACUUUUUGAAGGACCUACUGUUGUUUUCUGGCUUUAUACUAUGUAGUCUCUAUUUUAUGGUUGAUGGACAUUUAAAAUUUGUGGAAUGUCUGAUCAUGUUUUUUUCAUACACUUUAUUUGUUAUUUAUUCUGUAUGGACCUGUGACAAAACAGCAGGAUGUAUUUUGAAUGGUAACGUGAUCAAUAGAGAUGAAAGCAUUAUUCAUGACAUGUUAACGUAUGCAGAAGAGCAGGAAGCAGAUGAACAGCAACAAAACUUGGAUCCUCAAUCACCUCUAUUACCUACAGUAAGACAACCCCAUCAUCUUCUUUCCCCAUUACCCACUGAGAAUACGGCUAACAACACUAGUCAUGACAUUCUCGAAUCCUUUAGGCAACCAAACAGUUAUUCCAGUUUGUUAACAAACUCUCCGAUUCAUAAUUAUUUUUCCCAUAAUAUUAGCAGUGAAGACAUCAAUAAUAAUAAUAAUAUUAAUAACACUAAUCAUGUACAAUCACCAACGAUUUCUGAAGAAAGAAUAUCUUUUGUUAAAAAACAACUUCAACAAAUUAUUCGGGAAAACUAUAAUCCCGGUUAUUUAAGGAUGUCAUAUGCUGACAUAAUGGAAAUUUGGGAGCAUGGUGAUCUUUUUUCUGGCGAUAAUAACAAAAAGGAACCCCUGGUUCCCAUUGAUGAGGAAGCGUCACAUAUUGAUUUUCAUAAAAAUCAAAUGUCUUCAACUUCUGGUGAUAACUUUAUACCUGAGCAACUGUCAUCAAAUGCAAGAAUUGAUACGACCGAUGAUCAUCACGAUGGUGACAUUGAAGAUGCUCUUAUAUUUACGUCCCAAAGAAAUAGAAGUAGUAGCACCGAUGCUGAUGAUGAUGAUAACCAUACGAAAAGCUCUAAACCAGGCUGUAUUGAUAACCUAUUUCAACCUCCUCCUAUGCAGAAUAAAAAAAAAGAUGUACCAGAAAUAAGGAUAUCCACAUUACCAACAAACAAAAUACAAUCAUAUCAACAAGUUCCAAAGGGGAGAUUAGAUGAAGAAGAACGUGAGCAGGAUGGUAAUAUAGGUGACCCCUUGACACCAUGUUUUUCAGCAACAUCAUCAUUACCACAUUCAUUAUUUAAACUAGAUGGUAAGAAAAUAUUUCCAGAUAGCGUUUCUUCAUUUUUACACAUUUUUUUAAAUGUUGAUAGAAAAAUCGACUUGAAAAGUUUUAUUAUUCUCUUGUUCAGUAUGCCUAUUGUCAUAUUGGGUUCAAUAAUUAUUCCAACGUAUGAUCAUGAAAGAAUUUGGAUGAAAAAAAUAUACAUUGCACAAAUUGGGGGAUCUCCGCUACUUUUGGGAUUAUUAUUAUUGGAUUGGCACGAUGAUACUAACGCGAAUUUUGUCUUUUUUGGACUUUUAGCUUUAGGGUGUUUACUUCUAAUCCUGGUUUUAUAUUAUAUUACAGUUAUUAAAUUCCCUCAAAUUUACGAUAAGUGUAUAACUAAUGUUUCCAUUUUAGGGUUUGUUAUCUGCUUAUGUAUAAUAUCCAAUGUUGUUCAGUUAAUUAUUAAAAUUUUCACUAAAUGGUCCACUAAAAUACCCGAAAGUGUAUUGGGUUUAACGCUAUUUGCAUGGGGUAAUUCCACAGGCGAUUUAAUUUCAAAUUUGGCGUUUAUGAAAAUUGGUGUCGUUGAUGUAGCUAUAGGUUCAUGUUUUGGUAGUCCCUUAUUGUAUUUUCUUUUUGGUAUUAGUUUUGAUGGCUUGUUGAUUUUUUGGAAUAAUUAUAGCCAUCCAAGGGGGGAAAAACAAUCCAUUUGGGAUAUGUGUAUUGAUUUUAACGUAGAUUCUAGAUUGCUUUAUACAGUUUAUGGGAUAAUUACAAGCUUUGUUAUACUUUUACUUUUUAUUCCAUUAAACGGUUGGAAGUUAGACUACAAGAUUGGUAUUUUGUUGAUAUCUGUUUACAUAAUCGUAACGCUGAUCAAUAUCUACACAAUAAUUUAUUAA